AUGCCUGGCGCAAAUUGCGCUUUUUAUGGUUGUUCGACGAGCAGAAGCCACAAACUUUCGCUGUUCAAAAUCCCAACAAUUGGCGCGGCAGAUACUGAUUACACAAAGUCUGUGAAGAGAAAAACCCGUGAAGAAUGGCUUCGUUUAAUACAAAGAACGAGAGUUUUGACGCCAGAAUUAAAAGCCAGAAUAGAGGCGAAUAACAUUUACAUCUGUGAGCUACAUUUUAAGGCAGAAUGUAUAUUAGACGGUAAGUUUUUGCCACAUCUGUACGUAUCUUCACUUUAAAAUAUUCAUCAACCAGGAUUUAGCAUACAAGGCGUUGUUAAUUCAGCAUAUCUGAAAAUUUGCAUAUUAUAUAGGAAAACGAAAGACAUUGGUGGCUGGGAGUAUUCCUACUGAGAAUCUACCUCAAAAAAAGUACGACGCUCCCAAACAAGAACGUCGUGUUCUUGAAAGAAAGCAACUCGAGGUUCCAAAGACGCCGCCAUUACUCGAUAUUAACACCUUUACUGAACAGUUGCAGCGAAAGGAAAUCGAACCGUGGAAAAUUGUGAAGUCAAACAACGAUGAAGUGCGACUGGAAUAUUAUGACGAUGUUCACAGUAUUCCAAAGUAUACAGUUAUUGUAAAUUCGGCGCUGGAAUUCAGUGUAUUUGUCUUCAACUGGUUGGUACCUGACCAGAACUUUGUAUACGUGGAAAACAAGCGUUCGGUCAUACAUGUGGAUAUUGUAGGGCUUUUAAAGUAUAUUGAAAGUUCCAAACUUUGUGAAGGCUUGGAAGAAGAUACUGAUGUUAAGUCUGUUGCUGUUGACCCCACUGAAAAACCAAACCCAACAAUUCAAACCUUGAUUGUCCGGCAUUCUGUUCCUAAAGUUAUUGAUCCUGAAGAACCACAUUUUCAAGUGUCCAUUCGAUACCGCUCAGUUGGUUGUGACACUCUCACUAGCAGUGAACACUCGAAUAGUUCAUGUAAACCUU